AUGUCAAUUCCCUCUUCCUGUUUCUUCUGUCGCCGCCCUUAUCACUUCUGCAAGCUUCUAAAGGCCACAGUGCAGUGUCGUUCCUUCAGGCUAAGGAAGAAGCUGGAGAAGUAUCCAGGGGAAGAUAGAGCAGCCGCAUUCCUGCCUGCUGUCCGAAGCCAAGCGAUUCAAGAAUGGCUUUGUUUAAAUUGCCAAACCCAGAGAGCAAUAUCAGGACAGCUUGGAGACAUGGGAAAAAUGCCACCUACCCCCUCAGCACCAAAAGCCUCUAUGCCUGUCCCUCCAGGACAACCAGCUCAGAAAACAGCGAUGCCUACCCAAGCAAAAGUAAAAAAGAAGGAACAAGAAGUAAAAACAGAAGCUGAACAAAUCAUUCCAGAAAAAGUAAAAGAGAUACCGUCAGUGGAAAAGAUUGUCCCGAAGGUGACCACAGACCCCAAACAAGAGAGUAAACUAGAGAAAGACAAAACUUCAGCCCCUGAAGACAGAGAGCCACUCCCUGAAGACAAAAAGCUGCCUCUUGAAGAAAAAAAGCCAACCAUUGAAGACAAAACGCCAGCCCUUGAAGACAAAAAGUUACCUCCAGGAACAAAAACAUCAGCUCUGGAGGAGGAACAGAAACAAGAGUUACUUAAAACUCAAGUACCAACUGCCGAGGACAAGCCUGAAGUCAGAGUGGCUCCACAGCUCGUACAAGACAAGCUACCACAGACCAAGAUGGAAGACAAACCCUCUGGCCCAUCUCCAAGUUUGUCCAAGGAAGUUGAUGAGGCGACUCAAAAAAUUAAAGACCAGCCCCAGGCAGCACGCACUGCAAAGCCUGAUCUGGUGGAAACUGGGAAAGAAAAAACAGAAAAGGAAGAUGACAAAUCAGACACUUCAAGUUCUCAGCAACCAAAAAGCCCACAAGGUCUGAGUGACACGGGAUAUUCUUCUGAUGGGAUAUCAAGUUCACUUGGUGAAAUUCCAAGUCUUAUUCCAACUGAUGAGAAAGAUUUGCUCAAGGGACUCAAAAAGGACUCUUUUUCCCAAGAAAGCAGUCCUUCCAGCCCCUCAGAUUUGGCUAAGUUAGAAAGUACGGUCCUCUCCAUUUUGGAAGCUCAGGCAAGUACACUUGUUGAAGAAAUGUCCGAAAAGAAACCCCAACCUCAUGAGGCUUCUUCUGAGCAGCCUAAGGAUCCACAGAAAACUCAGACUUUACCUGAAACAGUGAAAACUACAAUUUCAGAAGGGGAGCUCAAAAAGAGUCCAGAAGAAAAAGACACUUUAAAAAAAGAUAGCCAACAAGAUAUUCCUUCCAGAAAGGACCAUGAAGAAAAGCCUGAGUUUGUUGAUGACACAGCUACAAGACGACAGCUUUAUGAUUCAGUUGAAGACAGUAGCGAAAGUGAAAAUUCACCUGUUCCGCAAAGAAAACGGAGAACUAGUGUUGGUUCAUCGAGCAGUGAUGAGUACAAACAGGAAGACAGUCAAGGAUCCGGUGAAGAGGAGGACUUUAUUCGAAAACAGAUCAUGGAAAUGAGUGCUGACGAAGACGCUUCAGCUUCUGAAGAUGAUGAGUUCAUUAGGAGCCAGCUCAAAGAGAUUAGUAGUAGUAUUGAGAUCCAGAAGAAGGAAGAUGUGAAAGGGAAAGGGAAAGCAACAGCAGGGAAACACAGACGACUGACUCGAAAAAGUAGUGCAAGCUUUGAUGAUGAUGCAGGGAGACGCCAUUCGUGGCAUGAUGAAGAUGAUGAGACAUUUGAUGAAAGUCCUGAGCUUAAGUACAGAGAAACUAAAAGUCAAGAGAGUGAAGAACUUGUAGUUGCUGGAGGAGGUGGGCUACGUCGGUUCAAAACGAUUGAACUCAACAGCACGAUAGCAGAUAAAUACUCCACGGAGUCAUCACAGAAGAAAACAGCUUUGUAUUUUGAUGAGGAGCCAGAAUUGGAAAUGGAAAGCUUGACAGACUCCCCAGAAGAUAGGUCAAGGGGGGAAGGAUCUUCUAGUCUUCAUGCUUCCAGCUUCACUCCUGGCACAUCCCCUACCUCGGUGUCAUCACUUGAUGAGGACAGUGACAGUAGCCCAAGUCACAAAAAAGGAGAGAGCAAACAACAACGUAAGGCUCGGCACAGAUCACAUGGUCCUCUUUUGCCUACUAUUGAAGAUUCUUCAGAGGAAGAAGAAUUGAGAGAGGAGGAAGAAUUAUUAAAGGAGCAAGAAAAGCAGCGGGAAUUAGAACAGCAACAAAGAAAGACUUCUAGUAAGAAAUCAAAGAAAGACAAAGAUGAACUUCGAGCUCAGAGAAGGAGGGAAAGACCCAAGACACCACCCAGUAACCUCUCUCCCAUUGAAGAUGCAUCUCCAACAGAAGAAUUACGCCAGGCUGCAGAAAUGGAGGAGCUCCAUCGAUCUUCCUGCUCUGAAUACUCACCUAGCAUAGAGUCAGACCCAGAAGGUUUUGAAAUAAGCCCAGAAAAGAUAAUAGAAGUGCAAAAAGUUUAUAAAUUGCCCACAGCUAUGUCUUUGUACUCACCAACAGAUGAGCAGUCUAUGAUGCAGAAAGAAGGUGGCCAAAAGGCAUUAAAAAGUGCUGAGGAGAUGUAUGAAGAAAUGAUGCACAAAACCCACAAAUACAAACCUUUUCCAGCUGCACCUGAACGAGAUGAAAUAUUUGAAAAAGAGCCCUUGUAUGGUGGGAUGUUAAUAGAGGACUAUAUUUAUGAAUCCUUAGUAGAGGACACGUACAAUGGUUCAGUAGAUGGCAGUCUGCUAGCAAGGCAAGAAGAUGAAAAUGGAUUUAUGCAGCAGAGAGGGAAAGAGCAAAAAAUAAGACUUCCAGAACACAUUUAUGAAGAUCCUAUGCAAAAAAUAACAGACCUCCAGAAAGAGUUUUAUGAGUUAGAAAGCUUACAUUCUGUUGUGCCUCAAGAAGACAUUGUUUCAAGCUCUUUUAUCAUCCCAGAAAGCCAUGAAAUAGUGGAUCUGGGUAGUAUGGUGACUUCCACCAGUGAAGAAAAAAAAUUAUUAGAUGCUGAUGCUGCCUAUGAAGAACUGAUGAAAAGGCAGCAGAUGGAGUUAACACCUGGAUCCAGUCCAACUCAGCCCCCCAUCACGGAUGACAUGAUUGAGUCUACCGUGGACUUUGACAGGGUGCCCGAUGCCUCUUUGACAUCAAGUGUUCUCUCAGGAGCAUCUCUUACAGAUUCGACCAGCAGUGCAACACUCUCUAUCCCAGAUGUCAAAAUAACCCAACAUUUUUCAGCAGAAGAAAUUGAGGAUGAAUACGUAACGGAUUAUACAAGGGAAAUACAAGAGAUAAUUGCCCAUGAAUCACUGAUUUUGACCUACUCUGAGCCUUCAGAAAGUGCUACAUCUGUCCCACCCUCUGACACACCGUCUCUCACAUCAUCUGUUUCUUCAGUUUGUACCACGGAUAGCUCCUCACCCGUCACCACCUUGGAUAGCAUAACCACAGUUUAUACGGAGCCGGUAGAUAUAGUAACUAAAUUUGAAAAUUCUGAGGGAAUUUCUUCCUCAACGUAUUUUCCAGGCAGCAUUAUAGACUAUCCAGAAGACAUAAGUAUAUCUUUAGAUCGGACUGCCACACCAGAUGGAAGAACUAGUGCUGAUCAUAUCGUGAUUUCCUUAUCUGAUGUAGAGCCUCCUAUCCUAGAAUCUAUAGGAACUAAACAAGAGGGGUUGAUUGCUGACACUGUUUCCACUGACUUACCUGUAUCUGCAAAAGACUCAGCAAAGAAAGCCACGAAGGACACUGGAAAUGGAAUUAUUCUUGAGGUUCUGGAAGCUUACAGAGAUAAAAGGGAGAGGUCUGAGGUUGAACUAACAAAGAUGAGCUUACCUGAAACUGUGUCUGAUCAACCUCCUCCUCCUGCGGUGGCCCUUCCGGUGCGGGAGCAGGUUUCAGCAACUUGCUUUAUAUCAGGACAGGUCUUGGAUCAAGCGAAACCUGCAUCUCAGCUACCAUCUGGCAGUCCUUCUGUUACUUCUUUUCCAACUAAACCACGUCCAUUCUUUAGAAGUUCUUCUUUGGACAUAUCAGCCCAGCCUCCUCCUCCUCUCCCUCCGCCCCCUCCCCCUCCUCCUCCUCCCCCCCCACCCCCUCCUCCACCUCUUCCUCCACCAACCUCACCUAAGCCAACCGUUCAUCCUAAAAAAAAGCUAACAGUUACAGCUCCAGUGACUCUAACUACUACAACUACACCUCUAGUUGAUGCUGUUACUACAGUAGAGGUCACAGCUAUUCCAAGAAGUAAUGGGUUACCUGUAACAAAAAUAUGUACCACUGCACCUCCUCCUGUUCCUCCUAAACCAUCUUCCAUCCCAUCUGGACUUGUCUUUACACAUAGACCUGAGCCAAGUAAACCUCCAAUUGCCCCUAAACCAGCAGUCCCUCAGCUUCCAGUAACUACACAAAAAUCAACAGACGUACACCCCAAGCCAACAGGUCUCUCUUUAACUUCAAACAUGACAUUAAAUUUAGUGACUUCAGCAGAUUAUAAAUUACCUUCCCCUACCUCCCCAGCAUCCCCUCAUUCUAAUAAGUCCUCACCAAGAUUUUCCAAAUCCCUCAUGGAAACCUACGUGGUUAUCACAUUGCCAUCUGAACCCGGCACACCAACAGAUUCUUCAGCUAGUCAAGCAAUUACCAGUUGGCCUCUGGGAUCACCCCCCAAAGACCUGAUUUCCAUUGAACCAGUGUUUUCUGUGGUUCCUCCUGUAACAACUGCAGGAAUGCCCAGUUCUUCAGAACAGAGCUUGUACAUGUCAGGAGCUUUGGAGACAUUUUCUGCUGUUCCUGUCACAACAUUAUCUUCAUUUCCAGCAGCCCCAACCUCAGUUACACAGUUUUUCACAACUGAAGUUUCCAAGGCUGAGGUUUCAGUAGCCAGAAGUGCACUCCCUAGUGUUGGUCUCAGCAGUGUUUCUAUACCAAUUCCUCCAGAGCCUCUUGCUCUAGAUAGCCUACAUUUAGAGAAGCGUCAGCAUAAGGAAAAUGGAAAGUUGCCACUUGUUGGUGAUGCCAUUGAUUUGCGUACAGUACCAAAAGUAGAAGUUAAAGUAACUGAAAAGUGUAUGGAUCUGUCCGCCUCCACAAUGGAUAUGAAAAGGCAGACCACCACACAUGAAGCCUAUGGGAGACAAAUCAGUGCUGUCCAACCCUCUAUUAUAAAUCUCAGUGCAACUUCAUCAGUAGUAACGCCGAUGUCCCUGGUCACUGAGCCAGUGACUGUUGUCUCAUGCGCAGCUAGUUCAAGUUACACCGUGGGCACAGAAAGCCUAGUGGGUAUAGAACAUGCAACAGCAGCGCCACUCCAGCUUACUACGUCAAAGCAUGCUGAGCCCCCAUACAGGAUAGCGAGUGGCCAGGCCUUUCCUCCAGUUAGGGAGGAUGCACCAAUAAACUUAUCUUUAAGUACACCGGCACACCCGAUAACAUUGGCUGUUACAAAACCUGUUACCGAACCUCCUGUUGGAGUCACAAAUGGAUGGACUGAUAGCAUCAAAUCCCAGGGAAUCACUGAUGGGGAAGUAGUAGAUCUCAGUACAACCAAGUCUCACAGAACUAUUGUAACGAUGGAUGAAUCUACUUCCGGUGUGGUGACCAAAAUAAUAGAAGAUGAUGAAAAGCCUGUUGAUCUCACUGCAGGAAGAAGAGCUGUAUGCUGCGAUAUGGUUUACAAGUUACCUUUUGGAAGAAGCUGCACAGCACAGCAGCCCGCAACUACUCUUCCUGAGGAUCGUUUUGGUUAUAGGGAUGACCACUAUCAAUAUGACCGAUCAGGGCCUUCUGGUUAUAGAGGGAUUGGGGGAAUGAAACCUUCCAUGUCCGACACUAAUUUAGCAGAAGCUGGACAUUUUUUCUAUAAAAGUAAGAAUGCUUUUGAUUAUUCUGGAGGAACUGAUACAGCAGUAGAUCUAACUUCAGGGAGAAUUACUACAGGUGAGAUAAUGGAUUACUCAAGCAAGACUACAGGUCCAUAUCCAGAAACACGACAAGUCAUUUCAGAAGUUGGGAUUAGUACCCCACAGUAUUCCACAGCAAGAAUGACUCCACCUCCAGGAUCCCAGUAUGGUGUGGGGAGUGUUUUGAGGUCAUCUAAUGGCGUGGUCUAUUCUUCGGUAGCAACUCCGAUUCCCUCCACAUUUGCUAUCACCACACAACCAGGCUCCAUUUUCAGCACCACGGUGAGGGAGUUGUCUGGCGUGCACACAGCUGACGCGGUGACUUCAUUAUCCGCCCUGCACCAGAGCCAGCCAAUGCCUAGAUCAUAUUUCCUAACAACAGGUGCAUCUGAAACAGACAUUGCAGCGACUGGUAUUGAUAUCAAUGCCAGUUUGCAAACUAUUACAAUGGAAACCCUUACUGCUGAGACAAUAGACUCCGUUCCCACUUUAACCACAGCUUCUGAAGUGUUUUCUGAAGUGGUGGGAGAUGAAAGUGCUAUUUUAAUUGUCCCUGAAGAAGACAAACAACAGCAGCAGCUUGACUUGGAGCGUGAGCUCUUGGAACUGGAGAAAAUUAAACAACAACGUUUUGCUGAAGAACUAGAGUGGGAACGUCAGGAAAUUCAAAGGUUCCGAGAACAGGAAAAGAUCAUGGUUCAAAAAAAGUUGGAGGAGCUGCAGUCUAUGAAGCAGCACCUUCUGUAUCAGCAGGAAGAAGAGCGGCAAGCCCAGUUCAUGAUGAGGCAGGAGACAUUGGCUCAGCAACAGUUACAGCUAGAGCAGAUCCAACAGCUGCAGCAACAGCUUCACCAGCAGCUAGAGGAGCAAAAGAUUCGCCAGAUCUACCAGUAUAACUAUGACCCUUCUGGAACUGCUUCUCCGCAAACCACGACAGAGCAGGCAAUUUUGGAAGGUCAGUACGCUGCCCCAGAAGGCGGCCAGUUUUGGGCAACUGAGGAUGCGACCACAACAGCCUCAGCUGUCGUGGCGAUUGAAAUACCCCAAAGCCAAGGAUGGUACACGGUGCAGUCUGAUGGCGUCACUCAGUACAUCGCCCCACCUGGCAUCCUGAGUACUGUUUCAGAAAUACCUCUAACAGAUGUGGUUGUAAAAGACGAGAAACCACCCAAAAAGAGAAGCUCCGGGGCUAAAGUCCGUGGGCAGUAUGAUGAGAUCGGGGAAAAUAUGGCAGAUGAUCCCCGCUGCUUUAAAAAAAUAGUGGACAGUGGCGUACAAACUGAUGAUGAGGAUGCAGCUGAUCGGAGUUAUGUGAGUAGGAGGAGGAGAACCAAAAAGAGUGUUGAUACGAGUGUCCAAACUGAUGAUGAAGAUCAGGACGAAUGGGACGUGCCUGCCAGAGCAAGGAGGAAAGCUCGAGUAGGGAAAUAUGGGGACAGCACUACAGAGGCGGACAAGACCAAACCCCUUUCCAAAGUCUCCAGUAUAGCAGUUCAGACAGUAGCAGAGAUAUCUGUGCAGACUGAACCAGUUGGAACCAUAAGAACGCCUUCAGUACGGGCACGCGUGGAUGCCAAGGUAGAAAUAAUUAAACACAUUUCAGCACCUGAAAAGACUUACAAAGGGGGCAGUUUAGGAUGUCAAACAGAAGCAGAUUCAGACACACAGAGUCCUCAGUAUCUGAGUGCCACAUCUCCACCCAAAGACAAGAAACGCCCAACACCUUUAGAGAUUGGUUACUCAUCUCACCUUCGGGCAGAUUCCACAUUACAGCUGGCUCCUUCCCCACCCAAAUCUCCAAAAGUCCUUUACUCACCCAUCUCACCACUUUCACCAGGCAAAGCCUUAGAAUCAGCCUUUGUACCUUAUGAAAAACCCCUCCCUGAUGAUAUAAGUCCGCAGAAAGUACUGCAUCCAGAUAUGGCUAAAGUGCCCCCGGCAAGUCCUAAAACAGCCAAGAUGAUGCAGCGCUCCAUGUCUGACCCCAAGCCUCUGAGUCCAACAGCAGAUGAAAGUUCCAGGGCUCCUUUUCAGUAUACCGAGGGCUACACGACAAAAGGUUCUCAAACCAUGACACCUUCUGGCUCCCAGAAAAAAGUGAAGAGAACUCUGCCAAACCCACCUCCCGAGGAGACCUCCACAGGCACUCAGUCAGCCUACAGCUCAAUGGGGACAGUUUCCAGGAGAAGGAUGUGCAGAACCAAUACAAUGGCCCGGGCCAAGAUUCUCCAGGAUAUAGACAGAGAGCUUGAUCUUGUAGAGAGGGAAUCUGCAAAGCUUAGAAAGAAACAAGCAGAACUUGAUGAGGAAGAAAAGGAGAUCGAUGCCAAGUUACGGUACCUGGAAAUGGGAAUUAACAGGAGGAAAGAGGCAUUAUUAAAGGAGAGAGAAAAGAGAGAGCGUGCCUACCUCCAGGGAGUAGCUGAGGAUCGGGAUUACAUGUCUGACAGUGAGGUAAGCAGCACCCGACCCCCCAGAAUAGAAAGUCAGCAUGGCAUAGAGCGACCAAGAACUGCUCCCCAAACUGAAUUUAGCCAGUUUAUACCACCGCAAACCCAAACAGAAUCUCAACUAGUUCCUCCUACAAGUCCUUAUACACAAUACCAGUACUCUUCCCCUGCUCUUCCUACCCAGGCACCCACCCCAUAUACCCAACAGUCCCAUUUUCAGCAACAGACUCUGUACCAUCAGCAAGUUUCACCUUACCAGACUCAACCAACAUUUCAAGCUGUGGCAACAAUGUCCUUCACACCUCAAGCUCAACCUACACCAACCCCACAACCUUCUUACCAGUUACCGUCACAGAUGAUGGUGAUACAACAAAAGCCACGGCAAACUACAUUAUAUUUGGAGCCCAAGAUAACUUCAAACUAUGAGGUAAUUCGCAACCAACCCCUGAUGAUAGCACCUGUUUCUACUGAUAAUACAUAUGCUGUUUCCCAUCUUGGGAGUAAGUACAAUAGCUUAGACUUGAGAAUAGGCUUGGAGGAAAGAAGUAGUAUGGCAAGCAGUCCAAUAUCAAGUAUAUCUGCAGAUUCUUUCUAUGCAGAUAUCGACCAUCAUACUCCACGAAAUUAUGUCCUAAUUGAUGACAUUGGGGAGAUUACCAAAGGAACAGCAGCAUUAAGCACUGCAUUUAGCCUUCAUGAAAAGGAUCUGUCAAAAACAGACCGUCUUCUUCGAUCCACUGAAACUCGAAGGUCUCAAGAAGUGACGGAUUUCCUAGCACCUUUACAGACUUCCUCCAGGUUGCAUAGUUAUGUGAAAGCAGAGGAAGACCCCAUGGAGGAUCCUUAUGAGUUAAAGCUUCUGAAACAACAGAUUAAGCAAGAAUUCCGUAGAGGAGCAGAGAGCUUAGAUCACCUUGCUGGUCUUUCCCAUUACUACCAUGCGGAUACUGGCUAUAGACAUUUUCCAAAAUCUGAAAAGUACAGCAUUAGUAGACUCACACUUGAAAAGCAAGCAGCAAAACAACUACCAGCAGCAAUACUUUAUCAAAAGCAGUCAAAGCAUAAGAAAUCACUAAUUGAUCCUAAAAUGUCAAAAUUUUCACCCAUUCAAGAAAGUAGAGACCUUGAACCUGACUAUUCAAGCUAUAUAACUUCCAGCACUUCAUCUAUUGGUGGCAUUUCUUCCAGAGCAAGGCUUCUUCAAGAUGAUAUCACUUUUGGCCUCAGAAAAAAUAUUACGGACCAACAGAAAUUUAUGGGCUCAUCUCUUGGCACAGGACUGGGCACAUUAGGAAAUACGCUACGUUCAGCUUUGCAGGAUGAAGCAGACAAACCAUACAGUAGUGGCAGCAGGUCCAGGCCUUCUUCCAGACCUUCGUCUGUCUAUGGGCUUGAUUUAUCCAUUAAGAGAGAUUCUUCCAGCUCCUCCCUAAGACUGAAAGCUCAAGAGGCUGAAGCUCUAGAUGUUUCCUUUAGUCAUGCUUCAUCUUCUGGCAGAACUAAGCCUACCAGUUUACCAAUUAGCCAGAGUAGAGGAAGAAUACCAAUCGUGGCCCAGAAUUCUGAAGAGGAAAGUCCACUCAGUCCUGUGGGCCAGCCAAUGGGAAUGGCCAGGGCUGCAGCUGGGCCCCUCCCACCAAUAUCUGCAGACACCAGGGAUCAAUUUGGGUCAAGUCAUUCAUUGCCUGAAGUUCAGCAACACAUGAGAGAAGAAUCACGAACUAGAGGCUAUGACCGUGACAUAGCGUUCAUCAUGGAUGACUUCCAACAUGCCAUGUCAGACAGUGAAGCCUAUCAUCUGCGUCGUGAAGAAACAGAUUGGUUUGACAAACCCAGGGAGUCUCGUUUGGAAAAUGGACAUGGUCUGGAUCGCAAACUUCCAGAAAGACUGGUCCACUCUAGACCACUUAGUCAACAUCAAGAGCAAAUUAUACAGAUGAACGGGAAGACUGUGCACUACAUCUUUCCUCAUGCAAGGAUAAAAAUAACAAGAGACUCUAAGGAUCACACGGUUUCAGGUAAUGGAUUAGGAAUUAGAAUUGUGGGUGGCAAAGAAAUCCCUGGGCAUAAUGGAGAAAUUGGAGCCUACAUUGCCAAAAUUCUUCCUGGAGGAAGUGCAGAACAGACAGGGAAACUUAUGGAAGGGAUGCAAGUAUUGGAAUGGAAUGGAAUUCCGUUAACUUCUAAAACAUAUGAAGAAGUGCAAAGUAUCAUUAGUCAGCAAAGUGGGGAAGCAGAAAUAUGUGUAAGACUGGACCUCAAUAUGCUGUCAGACUCUGAAAAUCCCCAGCACCUGGAACUUCAUGAGCCACCAAAAGCUGUGGAUAAAGCAAAAUCCCCGGGGGUUGAUCCGAAGCAGUUGGCGGCAGAACUCCAGAAGGUCUCCCUACAACAGUCACCACUAGUUCUGUCGUCUGUUGUUGAGAAGGGAUCUCACGUUCAUUCAGGUCCAACAUCAGCAGGAUCCAGUUCCGUCCCCAGCCCUGGGCAACCGGGGUCACCCUCCGUGAGCAAAAAGAAACAUGGCGGCAGCAAGCCUACUGAUGCAGCCAAGGUUGUCUCUCAUCCAAUUACGGGGGAAAUUCAGCUUCAAAUCAACUAUGAUCUUGGAAAUCUCAUAAUCCACAUUCUCCAAGCAAGAAACCUUGUUCCUCGAGACAACAACGGCUAUUCGGACCCCUUUGUUAAAGUAUACCUUCUUCCUGGGAGAGGUCAAGUCAUGGUUGUCCAGAAUGCAAGUGCUGAGUACAAGAGGAGAACUAAAUAUGUUCAAAAGAGUCUUAAUCCUGAGUGGAAUCAGACAGUAAUUUAUAAAAGUAUCUCCAUGGAACAGCUCAAAAAGAAAACACUGGAGGUGACCGUCUGGGAUUACGAUAGAUUUUCUUCCAAUGACUUUCUUGGUGAGGUACUGAUUGAUUUAUCUAGCACAGCUCACCUCGAUAACACUCCUAGAUGGUAUUCUCUCAAAGAACAGACUGAAAGCCUCGAUCACGGCAAGUCUCAUUCCAGUCAGGGCAGCCAGCAGCCUCCCAAGCCAUCUGUCAUCAAAAGCAGAAGCCAUGGUAUCUUCCCUGACCCAUCCAAGGACAUGCAGGUUCCCACCAUUGAGAAAUCCCACAGUAGUCCCGGUAGCUCGAAAUCCUCCUCCGAAGGCCACCUCCGCUCUCAUGGACCGUCUCGCAGUCAGAGCAAAACCAGCGUCACCCAGACCCACCUGGAAGACGCAGGGGCUGCCAUAGCCGCUGCCGAAGCCGCAGUGCAACAGCUCCGCCUGCAACCAACCAAGCCUACCAAUCACCGCCCCGCGGAAAGCUCCGUGUCCACCGGCUCCUCCGGCAGCAGCUUCGGCAGUGGGUACAGUGUGGACAGCGAAGGAAGCGGCAGCGCUGCAGGGGAGGCUAAUCUAUUUCCUAUUCCAAGGAUAGGGAAGAUGGGGCAAAAUGGGCAAGAGCCUAUAAAGCAGCCAGGAGUAGGAGUGGGAUUGGCAGACGCAGAAG